GCUUUUUACGUAAAGAAAUGGUUCCUGAAGUCUAUGGCUUGGCGUCUAUAGUGAUGUCAUCAGCAUGCGACAUAUGAGAAGGAGGAAAGAGACGUGCGGGCCUAAGGAGCCGAGCCGGGAAUCUCUCCCCUUACGGGGAGAGUGCGGCGGUGAGUUCCGGCGGGGGCCGUCUCCGGGAUAGAAAUGCUACAUGGCCUGUUCUCUUCUACGUGCUGCUGAGCAGAGCUGUUGAGCCGUCCCCUCCCUCUGGCUGCAUGCUUUCAGAAUAUCCACUGGCCCGGGGGAGGUAGUAAAUAAGGCCGUAAGGAAACGGAGCAAGAAAGUUAUCCCUUCGUUGAGCCGCCCACAGUAUCUCUCCCAUGAGGCUGAAGCUUACUGUUUCUUCUUAAGGCGGAGGUUUGCCUUCCUGAGCCACCGUUGCUGUCCCCGUUUGCUGGAGAAUAGUUAAAGAUAUAGGUGCCUGAUUUGAAGAGAGAGAAAAAGAUACUGCCCUACUGUGGAUUUUGAUAAUAUUGGUAAAGUGAGUCAUUGGAAUGCAGUUGCAUACAGCAGUUAGAAAGGAGUCAAGGUAGUCCACAAGCCAAUUGGGUAGGUUACUCAUACUCUGAACCUGCCUUCUCGACACUCUUGUUGGCUGGAGUAAUUCACUAUGGCUCCUAAAGAUAUAAUGACUAAUUCUCAUGCCAAGUCCAUUCUCAAUGCAAUGAACUCUCUACGAAAAAGUAACACACUUUGUGAUGUGACCCUUCGUGUGGAACAGAAAGACUUUCCAGCUCAUCGUAUUGUGUUAGCUGCUUGCAGUGACUACUUCUGUGCUAUGUUCACCAGUGAGCUUUCAGAGAAGGAUAAACCGUAUGUGGAUAUCCAAGGGCUAACUGCUUCAACUAUGGAAAUAUUGCUGGAUUUUGUAUACACAGAGACUGUUCAUGUGACUGUGGAAAAUGUUCAAGAGUUGCUUCCAGCAGCCUGUCUUCUUCAGCUGAAAGGGGUGAAGCAGGCUUGCUGUGAGUUCCUGGAAAGCCAACUAGAUCCUUCCAACUGCUUGGGGAUCCGAGAUUUUGCUGAAACACACAAUUGUGUUGACUUAAUGCAGGCAGCAGAGGUUUUCAGCCAGAAGCACUUCCCAGAUGUAGUUCAACAUGAAGAGUUUAUCCUCCUAAAUCAAGAAGAAGUAGAAAAGCUAAUCAAAUGUGAUGAAAUUCAGGUAGAUUCUGAAGAGCCUGUCUUUGAGGCAGUUAUUAAUUGGGUGAAGCACUCAAAGAAGGAACGAGAAGCAUCCCUGCCAGAGCUUCUGCAGUAUGUGCGCAUGCCACUACUCACCCCGCGCUACAUUACCGAUGUCAUAGACACUGAGCCUUUUAUUCGAUGUAGUUUACAAUGCAGAGACCUUGUAGAUGAAGCGAAGAAGUUUCAUCUAAGGCCUGAGCUUCGGAGUCAAAUGCAAGGUCCUAGAACCAGAGCACGUUUGGGUGCCAAUGAGGUUCUCUUAGUAAUUGGGGGCUUUGGAAGUCAGCAGUCACCUAUUGAUGUGGUGGAGAAAUAUGACCCGAAGACACAAGAGUGGAGUUUCUUACCAAGCAUCAGCCGUAAAAGACGCUAUGUUGCCACAGUUUCCUUGCAUGAUCGGAUAUAUGUAAUAGGUGGUUAUGAUGGCCGUUCUCGUCUCAGUUCUGUGGAAUGCUUGGAUUAUACAUCUGAUGAAGACAGCAUCUGGUACUCUGUGGCUCCCAUGAAUGUUCGACGGGGCCUAGCAGGGGCCACUACCCUAGGAGAUAUGAUCUAUGUUUCUGGAGGUUUUGAUGGAAGCCGGCGCCACACCAGUAUGGAAAGAUAUGAUCCCAACAUUGAUCAGUGGAGUAUGUUGGGAGAUAUGCAGACAGCUCGAGAAGGAGCAGGGCUGGUGGUCGCUAAUAACGUUAUCUAUUGUCUUGGUGGUUAUGAUGGCCUCAACAUCUUAAAUUCUGUGGAGCGGUAUGACCCCCACACUGGGCAUUGGACAAAUGUCACUCCAAUGGCCACCAAGCGCUCAGGAGCUGGAGUAGCCUUGCUGAAUGAUCAUAUUUAUGUGGUUGGAGGGUUUGAUGGGACAGCUCAUCUCUCCUCUGUAGAAGCAUAUAACAUUCGCACAGACUCUUGGACAACAGUGACCAGCAUGACAACCCCCCGCUGUUACGUGGGUGCAACAGUCCUGAGAGGAAGGCUUUAUGCCAUAGCAGGGUAUGAUGGGAACUCGCUCCUGAGCAGUAUUGAGUGCUACGAUCCUAUCAUUGAUAGCUGGGAAGUAGUGACAUCACUGGGGACCCAACGUUGUGAUGCUGGCGUUUGUGUGCUACGAGAGAAAUGACUUUAGGGGAAAGACCUUGUGAGAGCACUUCAAUGGAACAAAUAGGCUAUAAGAGAAAACAUGGAUAAGUUGCAGUUAUUGCUCUUGUGGCUGUGGAUGCAGUGUCCAUUGGUAUCUGGUCUGUGCUGCACAUCCUUAGGCUCAUCUUCAAAGCUACUGAUUCCAUUUUAAAAACAACAAUCCAACAUAAGGCACUUUGAACUGAAAACAGAGAAAUUACAUGCUCAUUUACGAUACCUGUGUGAAAAUGAGUUGCCUAAACCAGCAAAGAUGUUUAUGCCUUCUGGUCUGCUGCAUCUUCAGAGCAUCAGCACACACAAGGAAGUUUGAGCAGGUGGCCAAGGGUUGGUUUGUGCCUGAAUAUUUCCAUGUACCAAAUAUGCUGCAGUGCAGACAUACUGGUAGUGAACAUUGUAUGGACACGCUGUGUUUUCUGGAUGCUUUUUUAGGUUCUGCCAGACUUGCUGAUGAUGCUAAGGAGAAGAGCCUGAGACACAGGCUGAUGCAUGCAACUGAAAGACUCAGAUGUGUUGGUUUAAGCAAUCUGGCCAUCCAUCUUCACAGACAGAAAGAAAAUACUGAAUUUCAUGUUUUCUUCUAGAGGCUGGUUACCAAUUUUUCUCUCUCUUGAGAGGGGGGUGUUCUAGUACUUGUGAACAAAAGCCUGUUUACAUCUGCCUCCUAAGCUAAACAUUUCUGGUGUUAGCAGAGCAGUGAAGUAACAAAUCUUGGCAGUGUAUUCUUGGGUAAAGAUUAGAGGGAAACAGUAUCAUGUGCUUUUUUGAAGAGUACAUCUGCCCAGGCCAUUUCUGAGGGAUUGGAUGGGUAUUUGCAAUGCAGCUUAUCCCCACAAAUCGCUGAGCACCUUUUCUCAAUCCACACUGGUCUGAAACCUGAUACCUUGUGCAGGCCUCCAGCAUGAACACUGUCAGCACAGGUUCUCUUAAUGCUUCUUUGCCUCAGCUUUUAUUUUCUUGUGCUUCUACUUUAGCACCAAAGUAGGAGCGUGAGAAGUUGUAUGUCCGUAAGAGCAUUCAGAUGUUUCCAGUGCAUUGUAGUUUUACCUGCUGACCUUUCCAGACUCAGUUACAAAAACUGGUUUAAAUAAUCCUCUUUCACAUGUGCUAAAGCAAUUCCUCAAGGCUACUCUUUAGUGACAUUUAUGAUUCUUCUCUUCCUUGACUAUUUUAAUAACCCUCUGGUGUGUAAUGCAGCUUGUACUAGAUGUGUCCAUUGAUGUCACAUUGCUGAAAUGGACACCUGAGCCUAUGGAUAAUGCAGCUCCAUCCCUCAUGUACAUGCCCUAAACUUUUAGCAUGAUCCUGGAGUUCUCUCCCAUAACCUACUGAGCCUCUUCCUGGGUCACAGCUCAAUCAGGAGCCAAGGGGUGAAUGUAUUUAUUUGCUGGGUGAUGUUGACUCCUUGCUUUGGGAAUAUGGUAGCAUGGGAUAAUGAUGCACUUUCAAACACUAAGUUUUUAAGUUCUGUCCUAUCACAUCAGUGUUUGUGAUUCAUUUCUUAAGUAUUUUUUAAUAAAAAUAUCUCUGGUACAUGUGAACAUUUGGUCUCUCCAAGUAGGGUGCCUUUAUAUGUGCCAGACCAUUUAAAAAAGCCAAAUGUGUGUUGGUCAAGCACACCUUUUAUGCAGGCUUCUUGUGAAGAGUUGCCUACUAAGUAUUAGCAAGUCUGCAUUUGCCCGCUUUUCUCCCAGAGUUUCCUUUCCUUUUACAGCUUAUUUCUUAAGAAAAUGAGGGUGUUAAGAAAUCAUUUUGUAUAAAGAUCUUUGUUACUGUGGUGUCUAAAUUAGAUUUUUGGCUUUCUUAACAUUUGCAUAUCUUGGUUCGCCCUUUGUGCUCUUGCUUGCAUUACAGUAUGACUCCAUUGCUCAUUUCAGGGCGGGAGCCAUCUAUCAAGGCAGGCUCUGAAUGAGAGAAAUAAAUAAUGCAGUUCAUGGUCUGAAAAGAAGCAACAGCUGCCAAGCAAUACUUCUGUGUGUUUCUUACUCUUUGGAGCCCUUCCAUUUUCUCUGCAACAUCUUGCCAUAGUAGAGAUUUGAGGAUUUUAACCAGGUAUAUUCCUUUUGUAGGCCACUGCAGUAACCACAGUAUUCCUCUUGGGCACCAUCUGCACUAUACAUUUAAAGCACUAUUGUGCUAUUUAGAAUAGUAAUAGUUCUCCCCACUCAAGAAUCCUUGGAACUGGAGUUUGUUAAGGAUGCUGAGAGUUGUUAGGAGGUCCCUAUUCCCCUCAUACAGCUACAGUUGUCAGAGUGAUUUAACAAUCAACCUCUUCCCAGGGAACUGUGACUCUGUGAGGGGAAUGAGAUUCUCCUAACAACUCUCAGCUUUUUCACAAACUACAGAUCCUAGGAUUUUGGGGGGAGAAGCCAUGAUCAUUUAAAGUGGUACAAUACUGCUUUCAAUAUAUAAGACAGUGGGGCCAGAACUUUUAAUUUUAAAAAAUAGUAAUAGUUAAAAUAAUUAACAAUAAUAAAAGUAGUAAUGGAAGGUGUGACAGGAAAGAAAAUAGGCCAGUGGUGUCCUGGACAGUGUGAUGAAAACUCAUGCAUGCAAUGGAAUGUUUGGUAGGUACAAUGAAAAAAAUUGAAUAAAAGCAUGUUAGCAUGUCUUAUUUUCUGAGGACUCAGCAGUGAUUUGGUACAUAUACCUUGUCCCUUCCCUACCCACCUGCAUGGGACCUAAACCUGCCUUCAGUAAUUUCAUGGAUGGCAGACAGGAACAAACUUCAGAGUCAGCCUCCACAAAGUCAAAGUGGGAGAUGCAGUUGGGUACCACCUUCAUUAGCUUUGUGACCAGAGGAACCUGACUUCUAUACAGACGUUGCAAUAGCGCUAGCAGUUUCCAAGACGCAGUUAACUACAGUGCAGUUUGGUCAUGAUUUUCACUAGCUUCGCAACUGAGCUGAUUCAUUCAGCCAACAUCUAUGGGGUGCCAUCGUUCUAG